CUUGCCGUAUAAAUAGACGGAACGAAGCGAAUUAAGAACUUAAGCUUUACCAAGUGUUUGAAUGAUGGAGCCAAAGAGUUUUCCUAUCUUGUUGUUUUUCACUCUGUUGUCGACGGCCUUAGGUUGGAGAGACUGCUCUUUACAGCUGGAUCAAAAUGUCCAACUUUCUACCUAUACCUCGUGUAACAUCACGUCAUACGACUGCAGCCAGAUCACGUGCUCACUUCCCUUUAGCCAGAAAGUUAUCAAACUGUCGGUGGACAUUGGCCAAUGGCAAAAACCUAUGACUGCUGACGUCACCGUGUCAGUGCCCGAGCUUGAAUAUGAUUGGUCGGCCACAUUUACUGAUGGCGAGAAGAUCGAGUUUCCUGGUUUUCCCUUGGAACUUGAAGGGUUUUCAAUUGGAGAACUUGAUGUGUAUCUACAAUGUUAUUUGAAGAAAGAGAAUGGUACAAUCAAUUUUAAGGUUGACUUGCUGGCCACGACAGAAUUUGGAGCACUUUUCAAUUCAACACUCAUUUCAGGACAAUUCCCAGAAACCCCGGAACCUGAAGUCAUAAUAUGUUACAUAGGAUGGAGAGAAUUCAAGAAAUUGCCCUUAACUACAAAGGUGGUGAUAGCAGCAAGUGUUAUCAUGUUUAUGAUUUUGGUGCUGCUCGCCACUGUGUUCUGCUGCAAGAGAAACAGGGCUUCUACUGCUGACCAGGUGAAAAUCAAGCCUCCCUCUUAUGACGAGGUUAUCACCACCAAGACCAAGGUCCCAAUGCAGCCGCUGAUCAACGAGGUUUAGGGCGCAGAAAAAAAGCCUUUGUAAAUAGUAACGCAUUUCAGUGUGUCAGACUGUUCUAGUUUUGGUAUUUAGAUGAUUUGACCUCUCAAAACAGUCUAUUUCUUAUAGGAAUGUAAAUAAGAAACCUAGCCUUUUUAGGGCCUGAUUACAUGGCGAAUUUCAGCCCGGCUAGGAGGGCUGAAAUUAUGUUGCGAUUACAUAACGAAUUUCAGCCCGGGCUGAAAUAUUAGCCUCCGCGCCAAAUAUGAAAUUGUGUGCGAAAAGUCUCCAGAGAAUCAAAAUGGCGCCGAGAACACGAAUCGUGAAAAUAGGCGCAUUACUUCUCUCGUGGUUUGACCUUUUGUUGGCGCUCAAUUUUUAA